UUCCUGAGACCUCUGUUCUUGUUUUCGAGAAGCUCUUCCAUACACAAUACAGCUGGUCGCAAUUUUAUGACUCAUCUUUGGAAGUCAACUCAAAAAUUUCUUUAAAACUGCAAAUUUUCUAGAAACUCCGCUUAUCGAAGGUCCCAAAUUUAGGUUUGAGGGACAUGGACGACCGCAAGCGCCUUGUCAGCAGCUUCCUAGGCUUCCUGGCCGACGAAGUGAAGGCGAACCGCCCUUCCGAGGAACUAACCGAGAGUUUGGAGGUGGCCAUGCAGUGUCUCGAGAGUGCCUACAACGUCAGCCCUGCUAAUGACCUUUCUCUUCUCUCGCUCGUGCAAAAACAAACAAAUCCCUUUGCUGGUGCUGCGGAGGCGCCGGUGGACGCCAAAGAAGAGGCUGAAAAGUGCAAGCUGCAGGGAAACAACCUCGUCAAGGAGGACAACCACCUGGCCGCCAUUGAGCAAUACACCAGGGCGAUUAUGUAUGAUGGAAAAAAUGCAGUCUACUAUUGCAACAGGGCGGCCGCCUACAACAAACUGGGAAACUUCCACGCCGCGGUCAUGGACUGCAAGACUGCUAUUCAAAUAGACCCUUCGUACAGCAAAGCCUUUGGAAGAAUGGGAGUGGCCUAUGCGCAGCUGAAAAUGCACCAGGAUGCAAUCGAGAGCUACAAAAAGGCUUUGGAGUUGGAGCCCGGAAAUGAGACUUACGCAAACAAUUUACGCAUCUCCCAGGAAUUGGUCGAACAGCAAAGCCAACAGGCCGUUCCAAACUUGGGCGCGGCCUUCCAGCAGGGUGGCUUCCAGUUCGGACAGCUUCUCAACAACCCCGCUCUUGUCAACAUGGCAACACAGCUCAUGAAUGACCCCAAUAUGAGCCAAGUAAUGAAUGACAUAAUGUCUGGCGGAAGCGUGGAUGCAUUAAUGCAAGCGGGUCAGAGUUUAGCGCAGCAACUGCAGUCAACAAACCCGGAACUGAUUGACAAUUUUCGACGCACCAUGGGCCAGCCGCCGAGAGAGACGCCACCCCGCGACCCUGAGAACCAGUGAGGAGGCUCUUGACCUCACCUCAAUAAUAUGUUACACACUCCUAGCCGAUAGAACUGUCAUCUAUCCAUCCUUGGAUUUUAUUAAAAACCCGUCGAGAUUAACAACAACCUGUUUUAAUUUUGAA